AUGUCGACUAAACUGCAGGUCUCGAAGGCGGUGACCAAGAAAAACACAGCCACGGGUGGCCCCGUGCAAAGUCCAGGCAAGGUGCAGAAUGGUACGAAGAAGAAGAGCACGGAGGCUGCACCCAAACCCCGGACAUCUAGCGGUGACGGCCCUCCUGGUGGCGAGGUUCGCAAGUCCAGCCGCCCUCGAAAGGCGAAAGUGUGGUUUGAGGAAGGGGCGGAUGCUACCGAAGAAGGUGCUGAUCCUGUUAAGUAUGUCGGGAACAACCUUGAUGGCGAGGAUGUGGACAACCAGAAACACGAGGACGAAGCUGAGGCCAACGGCAAGUCGGGUGACGUGGGCGAAAACGAGGUGGACGAGGCAGUAGACGAGGCCGGCGACGAGCCGGAAGAGGAAGACUUGGCGGAGGACGAUGCUGAAGAGAAGGCGGAUGAAGAGGAGGGUGACGAGGCGGAGGAAGAGGAGGGUGACGAGGCGGAGGAAGAGGAGGGUGACGAGGCGGAGGAAGAGGAGGGUGACGAGGCGGAGGAAGAGGAGGAUGAUGAGGCGGAGGAAGAGGAGGACGACGAGGUGGAGGAAGAGGAGGACGAGGAGUCUGAGGAAGGGCAGGGGGAUGAGGACGAGGCUGAGAAGGGAAGUGAGAAAGGCGAUUCGGCGGAAGUGGGGGAAGGUGCGGAUGCGCACAAGCCUCAAAUCACAAGGAAGGCUAGCUUUGACGAGAUGCUGGAAGAGCAGGGUGACGCUGAUGACGAAGACAUGGAGGAUGAGGCUGCGGCUGAGGAACGUGCUAUGCUGCUUGGGAAGCUGAAGGCACUCGAUGAGAUCAAGGAACCCGUUGUCAGCUCGAAGCCUGCUAGAAAGGGUGUGAAACGUCUUCCGCGUUCAGAACCCUCUAAGGUUCCUGCUAAGCCACCGCGAGGGAAAGAUGCAUUCACAUCGGCUAAGGGAAAGGAUAAAGUUCUGGCGACCGAGAGUAUUCUCGGUGGGAAGUCGAAACGGGAGUUCGCCUUGGUGGUUGGCGGUGCGCAGAAAAAGCAGAACACCGGUGAAGUGUCGGCCAAACCGAAGUCAACUCCUACGGCAGCAGGUGCUGGGACCAGCGGGGGAAAGGCCAAGGCAGGCGCUGGGGCAAGCGGGGUAAAGGCCAAGGCAGGCGCUGGGGCAAGCGGGGUAAAGGCCAAGGCAGGCGCUGGGACCAGCGGGGUAAAGGCCAAGGCAGGCGCUGGGACCAGCGGCGUAAAGGCCAAGGCAGGCGCUGGGGCUAAACCGACCUCUAAGGAGGCCAACACAAAAACCAAAGUCACCUUUCCUCCAUCUCUUCCGUCCCGUAUACAAUCAACAGCUCCCAAUCAGUACUCUGGAGCUGCACCACCGGUGAAGGUGAUCUCUGAAGCCACCAAGCGCUAUGAACUCGUCCCUGUCAAGAAAACCUUGUUUGUGGCGGCAUCCUGUGAUCGCCGCCAGGAGCAUGGUGGUGUAUCAAACGUGGAGCUUGACCAAUUCGAGCGACGCGUGAUGGCAAGGUUCGUCGAGAUGCUGUCGGCCAUACUUCGGGGUGCUGGUCCAUCCGUCCCAAUCGGAGCGCCUGCAGCAACUCCUCCUCAUUCUGGCCCGAGCACCAGCUCGUCGGAAGGCCUUCCCUCCAGCAAUAGUCCCCUGGCAAACCAUCGCGAAAUCGUGUACAAAGCGGUAGUCGACUUCAAGGCACCUCCUAACCACAACAUUAAACCCCGCUUGCUUCCCCACCCAGGCCUAGGGAGGCAUAGGGUGGUCAGGCUUUACCAAAACCCCAACUCCCCUCUGCUUGCCUGCCCACUCUCCCCUCAAUCCGAAACCACACCUGCUACCCUAAAUACAGGCCUAGGGAGGCAUAGGGAGGUGAGGCUUUACCUAAACCCCAACUCCCCUCUACCUGCCUGCCCACUCUGCCCUCAACCCGAAACCCCACCUGCUACCCUAAAUCCAGGCCUAGGGAGGUUUAGGGAGGUGAUGCUUUACCUAAACCCCAACUCCCCUCUGCUUGCCUGCCCACUCUCCCCUCAACCCCAAACCCCACUUGCUUCCCCAUCCAAGCCUAGGGGGGAGGUGAGGCUUUAUCUAAACCCCAAAUCCCCUCUGCUUGCCUGCCCACUCUCCCCUCAACCCGAAACCCCACUUGCUUCCCAUCCAGGUUUAGGGAGGCAUAGGGAGGUGAGGCUUUACCUAAACCCCAACUCCCCUCUGCUUGCCUGCCCACUCUCCCCUCAACCCCAAACCCCACUUGCUUCCCCUUCCAGGCAUAGGGAGGUGAGGCUUUACCUAAACCCCAACUCCCCUCUGCUUGCCUGCCCACUCUCCCCUCAACCCCAAACCCCGCUUGCUUCCCCAUCCAGGCAUAGGGAGGUGAGGCUUUACCUAAACCCCAACUCCCCUCUACCUGCCUGCCCACUCUGCCCUCAACCCGAAACCCCACCUGCUACCCUAAAUCCAGGCCUAGGGAGCCUAGGGGGGCUUAGGGAGGUGAGGCUUUACCUAAACCCCAACUCCCCUUUGCUUGCCUCCCCACUCUCCCCUCAACCCCAAACCCCCCUUGCUUCCCCAUCCAGGCAUAGGGAGGUGAGGCUUUACCUUAACCCCAACUCCCCUCUUGCUUGCCUGCCCACUCUCCCCUCAACCCGAAACCCCACCUGCUACCCUAAAUACAGGCCUAGGGAGGUGAGGCUUUAUCUAAACCCCAACUCCCCUCUUGCUUGCCUGCCCACUCUCCCCUCAACCCGAAACCCCACCUGCUACCCUAAAUACAGGCCUAGGGAGGUGAGGCUUUAUCUAAACCCCAACUCCCCUCUGCUUGCCUGCCCACUCUCCCCUCAACCCGAAACCCCACUUGCUUCCCAUCCAGGUUUAGGGAGGUGCUACUUGGGGAGGUUACCAGCAGAUCUGCUUGCCCCACUCGAGUUCUACACGGAUGAGGAGCUCAUUGCACGUUACAAGGAUGGGGAGAGGGGGCUGGCAUGGCAUCGGGAGCUCCUCAUCCCUUUCGGCAGCCUCAUCUUCUCGGUGUCCAUCAAGUUGGCUUUGGCGCGUCGUGGGGUCAAUUCUGAGAAGAUUAAGACCCGCCAGCUGGGUUGGAUCCUAUAUGCGUUUGAGUGGCCAAUCCUCAACAACGCGCCUGAUGGGAAGUUGAGUGGCAAGUGGGAGUACAAUCGGAUCCAGUACGAGGAGAUGUGCACCCGUGUGAAGCGGGAGGUCGAGAUCGCUGUCAUUGACCAUGGUGUCCCAUACGCCAAAAACACGAACACAUUCAACUUCCCCAACGGCGUCUACAUCGACGCGUCUGACAUGGAGACCCUUGUCAGCAGGGUGCAGGUAACAUUGCUGAAUUCCUCCCAUCUCAUCCGUCCCCUUCCUCCCAUCUCAUCCGUCCCCUUCUUCCCAUCUCAUCCGUCCCCUUCUUCCCAUCUCAUCCCUCCCCCCUCUUCCCAUCUCAUCUGUCCCCUUCCUCCCAUCUCAUCCGUCCCCUUCCUCCCAUCUCAUCCGUCCCCUUCUUCCCAUCUCAUCCGUCCCCUUCUUCCCUUCUCAUCCGUCCCCUUCCUCCUAUCUCAUCCGUCCCCUUCCUUCCAUCCCCUUCCGUCCCCUAUGCCUCUUUGCACAGGCUGCACGACCUGCACUAGCCCGGGUUGUCACCCCAAACCCGUAAUCACGGAGGUUAGCAGCAGCACUAGGGGGAUCGGUGCAGGGCGUAGCAGUGGCAGUAGCAACCUGCAGGAGCAGCACGGAGACAGGGGCGUAGCAGUGGCAGUAACAACUAGUAGCCGCAGCAUGGGGACAUGCGGAGCAGCAGUGGCAGCAACGGGACAGGUGCGGAGCAGCAGCGGCAGCAUGGGGACAGGUGUUGAGCAGCAGGGGCAGCAGGGGGACAGGUGCGGAGCAGCAGUGGCAGCAUCGGGACAGGUGCGGAGCAGCAGUGGCAGCAUCGGGACAGGUGCAGAGCAGCAGUGGCAGCAUGGGGACAGGUGCGGAGCAGCAGUGGCAGCAUGGGGACAGGUGUGGAGCAGCAGGGGCAGCAUGGGGACAGGUGCGGAGCAGCAGUGGCAGCAUGGGGACAGGUGCGGAGCAGCAGGGAAGGAUGUGGCAGUGCUCUUAUCAUCAGUAGAACCAACCCACCAUCAGUAG